AUGGCCACAGACGAGUUGAAAUCGCUCAAAGGAGUGACCAAUAGCCACACCCCUGCGGUUCCUCUCCUUUCAACACCAAAGAUCAAGACCAUCGAAUACUUCCGUGUCAAACCCCGAUGGCUGUUUGUGAAGAUCACUGAUGAUCAAGACCUUUACGGUUGGGGUGAAGCUACGCUUGAAGGACACAGCAAAGCUGUUGAAGGCGCACUGGAUGAGAUCAUUGAUCGAAUCAUUGGUUAUGAGGCAGACGACAUUGAGCACAUUUGGCAGACAAUCUGGCGGUUGGGAUUUUAUCGUGGUGGCCCUGUCUUCAUGUCUGCACUGUCAGGCAUUGACAUCGCACUGUGGGAUCUCAAAGGGCGACGACUCGGAGUUCCAGUAUAUCAACUUCUCGGGGGCAAGGUACGGAAUAAGAUCCAGGUAUAUGCCUGGAUAGGAGGUGAUCGACCAAACGACAUUGAAAACGCAGCCAAAGCUCGAAUAGCACAGGGGUUGCGCUGCAUCAAAAUGAAUGCCACCGAAGAUGUCAAUUGGCUUGACUCACCUUCGAUUCUAGAUGCCACCCUAGAACGAAUCAAGAUUGUGAAAUCCUUAGGUUUGGAUGCUGGAGUCGAUUUCCAUGGCCGACUCCACAAACCGAUGGCGAAACAACUAGCGAAAGCACUCGAACCAUACCGUCCCUUGUUUAUCGAAGAACCACUACUGGCAGAACACGCCGAAGCAUACAAACAACUUAGUGACAGUACGACAAUCCCGAUCGCUCAGGGCGAACGGUUAUACACCAGAUGGGACGUCAAGCGCUUCUUGGAGGACGCCUCGGUGGAUAUUCUCCAACCUGACAUUGCACAUGCCGGGGGAAUCUCAGAGACGAAGCGUAUCGCCACCAUGGCAGAAGCAUACGACGUUGCCAUCGCACCUCACUGCCCACUCGGACCGAUCGCCUUGGCAGCAUGCAUGCAAGUGGCAUUGAAUAUACCCAAUUUCGUGAUUCAAGAAAUGUCACUAGGAAUGCAUUACAACGUGGAAGCCGGAGAAGAAGAUCUCAACACCUACCUCGUGGACCCAAGUGUGUUUGCAAUCGACAAUGGCUAUGUCAAGGCCCUGACUGGGGUAGGUUUGGGGAUCGAGGUCGACGAAGAUGUCGUCCGCAGGAUCUCCAAGUCCACGGAACCAUGGCAACCAAAGGCCUUUUACGGUGAAGAUGGGUCGAUUCGAGAGUGGUAA